AUGCUAAGAAUUUGUGGGCAAGCAUUUAUUUUUUCUUCAUUUUCUUUAUUUCUUUCUUUCUUUCUUCUUUUCUUUCUAUUUCCUUUCUUUCCUCCUUCUUCCUUUCUUUCCUUCUUUCUUUCUUUCUUUUUUCUUUCUUUCCUACUUUCUUUCGUUUUUUCUUUCUUUAAUUCUUCCCCCUUUCUUUCUAUUUUAUUUCUUUUCCCCUUCUUUCUUCCUUUCGCUUUCCUUUCUUUCCUACUGUCUUUCGAUUCUUUCUUUCUUUCUUUCUUUCGCUUUCCUUUCUUUCUUUCUUUCUUUCUUUCUUUCUUAUUCUUCCUGAAACCAAACAGUAUCUCUUGUAUAUCCUUCUCUGGUAUAUCGUUCUUUCUUUCUUUCUUUCUUUCUUUCUUUCUUUCUUUCUUUCUUUCUUUCUUUCUUUCUUUCUUUCUCUUCCUGAAACCUAACUCUGGUGUAUCGUUCUCUUCAUUUUUUUUUCUCGCAUUCAAAACUGGAUUAUUAUUUAAUGGAGACUCUAUUUCAAAGUUCCUAUCUGUCUAUUAUCUAUCAUCUAUCUAUCAUCUAUCUAUCUAUCUAUCUAUCUUUUCAGUAAAUUUUCUUUUCAAUCUGAUCAAUCUAUCUCAUUUAUUCUUUCUUUCAUCUAUCUAUCUAAAUAUUUAUCUAUCUAUUAAUAAUGUUUUCUUUUAUAUUGUCGUCUUCAAAUUAAUUCAGUUUUUCUUUCAAUUUCGUUCAUCUUUACGCUUAUUCGUUUUUCUAUCAUACCACCCCUCGCAACCUACUUUUUCUCACUCCUUUGUCCUUCCCCUUUUCUUUUUUGCUUCUAAUACAGCCGUUCGAAUUAAUAAUUUUUGCUACAGAUUCAAUUCUUCUUAUAUUCGUUCUCUCUUUCCUCCCUUCUCUUGA